AUGGGCUUACAAAUCAUCGAGGGACUGGGAGGCACCUCCCGCUGCGUGACGCUUCUCACCUUCGCGAUUCACUUCUUGCAUUCACUUUUCACCGUUGUAAACUUCCUGUCGUGGGUGCAUACACCGGAGUCACGGCUCACGCGCAGCACACAGGUGGCGUACCUUGUUUUGACGAUUGUAUGCUGUCUCUCCCUCUUCUUUGGCGCCUCGGUCUUCUACAUGUGGGCCUGGCGCUUCCCAGAGCCAGAGGAGGUGGCGAAGCGGCGCCGCGUCUACGGUAUCGGCAUCCAUCUCUUCUUCUGCGAUUUGCCUAUCUUCGUCAUAGAAACGCGCAUUGUGUGGCAGAUGCACUUCCCCGCCGCCAUAAUGGGCUUCAACUACGUUCUAACAUGCGUCUCCUUGGCCUACUCGACGCUGCGCGUGUGGUUCUUCCUCAUGGUGCGACUCAUCAAGUUCCCCUUACCGACUGCGAGGUCGGUCGGCGCCAACUACACCACUCGAACUGCCUUGGCGGCGCGGCGCGCGAUGGACGAGCCGGACUACAUGGGCGACGGCGGCACAACUCCGCCAUCUGCCGCAGCAGGCCACACAAUUUUUCUGAACCGCAACCCCAGCCUCCAUAGUGAUGGCAGGGUAAGUGCGAUAAGGCUUUACUACACACCCGACACCGACCUCGAUCGCAGAGACGUGAACUAUGGCCCCUCUCCGAGUCACUACUACUCGCCUUCCUCGGACGACUUAAGCAUCGCGCAGAGGCCGAGUCAGCAAGGGGAUCGCCGCAGUUCCGGGACCAACAUCUACAGUCCCCGGUCAGCAGCCCCAGCGUUUCGCAUCUGA